ACGAAAGUACAAGUCUGUACGAGGCCAACUCGACCCACAUCUUUCCGUAGCAAAGUCGAGUCGACGCAUGUACGCGACACAUACGCGACAUCGCGACAUAACCUCGUCAGUAUGACACCAUUGACACCCCGCGUGGAUGAAGGCAGGUGAAAGAGACUCGUGUGCUGUACGUUGCACGACCCUAUGGGCAGGCAGAAGGUAUCUUGAAUCUUCACCGCUCCCGGUGGAAUUGGAAAAGAAAACCAUCCGCAUGGCCUGACACCGUUAAGUUUACCCGCGUUUGCUGCUAUAGAAGUAGAGGAUGGACCACGAAGACGAGUUCCUUAGCACCUUCUUCACGCAGGUCGCGCAGUUAUGCUCCGACAAGGCCAAGGAGACAGUUGAGAGGGAGAGGGAGUCGUGCAAGCAGAUGCAAAUGGGCCCGUGGGGAAUGUUCCUGCUGCAUUUACCGCAGAUAGCCGUAGCGGAGCGUUCGUACGCCGAUCUAGGUUUUCUCAACACCAAGAACAAAGGCUUCCUUAGGAAAGACAAUUCUUUGAGGACUGUCUACGAAUCGUUGAAGUCCGAUUUGAAGCGACUAGAGGAAAUGACCAAGGGGACCAACUCUGUCGGCGCGACGGUCGCCAACGUUUCCAAUCAGCUCUGUCAGUUCAUCACGGCAAGAAUCCAGCUGAUAGAUUUCUACGAGAAAAUGUACAACAUGAGUAUAAACAGCAGAGUUAUGAAGCAUCAGGAGUUGUUGCAGUGCAUAGAGGGGAUAGUAACGUGCUAUUUGUUGUCCUGUUCUCAUCUGGCGUUAACUGCUAUUAAGACGAGCUUAACAUUAGAAUGCGAAACGCUGGUGCAAUUAAUGAAGGCGCAAGUGGAAGUUCAAAACUGGAGGUUUUUACCGACCCUGGUGGCCCUCUAUGGCGCGCAGACGCGAAUGUCAGCUUGGGAGAGAACUCUGCAGAGCAAGGAGUCCUGGAAACUGGGCUUCGGUGCGACGUUCCUCAAGGCGAAUCAACAGCCAGCGUUGUAUCAAUGGCUGGUGAAACUACGCGGUGCUAUAUUAGCUAAAUGUUCUCUGUAUUUCCAUACUACUUUAGCCCAGCAAGCUAGUCCGGGGGAAAUGAGGAGUAUUAUGAGCAAGCAGAGCGUGGAUUAUUAUCACAAGAUACAGAGCUUUCAACGAAAGUACGACAUACUAGCGGUACUGAUAAUCUUCGAUUCCAGAGAGACCGAAAAUUCAGGCUCGGGAUACAGACAUCCGGCGAGAGGAGGCAACCCGUCCGAGAGUUUUCCCGUUGUCGUUUGUUGUCCUAGUACAUUCACGCAGAAACCAUCGGUACACUUGGACAAUAUCCAAAUCAAGAUAAAGGAACGGCACGUCGAGCUUCUCGCUAUGGACAAAGUCAUUUACCACAAGAGCACGAAGGACCUGUGUACGUACUCUUUCCACAACACCGAUCCCACUAUGACUCUCGUGAUCGUAUUCGAAAACGGGAAGCAGAAGGAUAAGGAAACCCACAUUACAUCGUUUAUGAUGGACCUCUCUAUGCAAAUUAGGUGCAAUAAGGUGUACGAAUGUCUCAAGUUAUCAAAAUGAGCGUCUAUGUGAAAACAAUUGUAUAAAAAAAUCGGAUUAUGCCAAA